ACAACAUAUCGGGGAAGACUUUACAUUCUAUCUUGAAACUACCCAAAAGUUUAAAACCACCAUACAAGGGUCUUGGAAAUUCAUUAGAUGACGUGAGGGCAGUUCUUUCUAAUGUCGAAAUCUUAAUCAUCGAUGAAAUCUCCAUGGUCUCCAAAGACCUACUUGCAUAUGUUGACUGGAGAUUUCAACAAAUCAAGGGGAACAACAGGUUCAUGGGUGGGGUCUCUGUUUUGGCUGUGGGGGACUUCUUCCAACUUCCACCUCUUGGACGAGCUAAACCUCUUUGUGUCACCGAGGAUGGCAUGCUUGAUAUCUGGAAUGAGAAUUUCCAGAUGAUCACCUUAACGGAAAUCAUGCGGCAGAAAGAUGACCGAGCGUUUGCAGAGCUACUGAACCGAGUUAGAGUUAAAGGUAAAGCGGAUUUGCUUUGUGAGGAUGACAGGACUCUUUUGAUCCAAGCUGUUACUGACCCCGAAGAAUGUCCAAUGGAUGUCCUACACAUUUUUGCAACAAACAAACAGGUGGACACCCAUAAUGCAGCAGUUGUGGCCUCUUUAGGUGCAGUAACAGUUGAUAUUGAGGCAGAGGACUACAAAAGAGUUACAAAGACAGGAAACAUGAUUUACUUGGGCUGUUGUAUAGCGGGCAACAAACGAGACUUGUGUAACAACAUACAGGCUGGUUUGGGUUUUAGGGUAAUGAUUAUAAGAAACUUGGAUGUAGAGGAUGGUCUUGUGAAUGGAACGUUUGGCACCAUUUCUGAUAUUGUCACUAGUACCAAAGAUGGAAGGACUAGUGUAAAAUUAAUUGGACUCAAAUUGGACAACCCCCUUGCUGGACAUACAAAAAAAAUUCAGGGUAAACCAGACGGCUUUGUUUACAUUGAGAGAUUUGAGGAACAGAGUAGUGUAAAGGGAGUGGUACGACGGCAAUUUCCAAUCAGGUUAGCCUUUGGUUGUACGGCACACAAGGUUCAAGGGAUGACCAUGAAGUCUGCGGUCAUUUCCUUGAAACGUAUUUUUGAACCUGGAAUGGCAUAUGUCGCCCUCAGUCGCACAACUUCCCUGGAAGGACUUAAAAUCAUUGAUUUCGAUGAAAGUAAGAUCUACGCUGACGAAAACAUCAGAGCAGCUAUGGAAUCAAUGAGACCAGCAUCGUUUUUGCACACCAGACCGCUCUUGCAUUUUCAGUCUGGUCAUCAGGGUGCAACAUUAACAAUUGUCCACCACAAUGUCGAAGGUCUUGUCUGUCACUCUGAGGACAUGAAACAACAUCAUGAACUCAUGUUGGCAGAUGUCUUAUGCCUAACGGAGACUCAUUUGUUUGGAUCUUCUGUUCCAGCUUCUUGCCAAAUAGAGGGCUAUUCUUUCUUUUCACGGAACAGACAUGUCUCCUACUCGAACAGAGUCGACAUUGCUACCAAAGAGGGAGGGGGAGUAGCGACUUACUGCCGGAGUCUUCUCCAACCGCAGGAACGUAGAUUCUUUAACCAGGUUACCGAUCUUGAAUUUAACGUCGUCAAAGUGGACACCCCAAUGAAAACCCUCAUCGCGACAGUUUACAGGCCUCCAAGUUAUGAUCUUAGAACAUUUUUAAGAAAUCUGACAAACCUCUUGGAUGGCCUGAAUUCAAUGGACAUUCAGCCCAUUGUCGUGUUAGGAGAUUUCAAUGAGGACCUUAUUCCUCCAGGGAAAAAAGCCAUCAGUGAGUUGUUUAGAGCCAAAGGCUUUAUGCAACUUAUCUCUCAUCCAACCACAGAAAAACGUACUCUUCUUGACCACUUGUACAUCUCCAAUCCAGAAUACUGUGUCCAGUCGGGUGUCUUGCAGGCUUACUACAGCUACCACAAUCCCAUAUACUGUGUGUUGGCUUUAGUAUAAGCUGCAUCUACAGUGACUUGCAAAAAUAGUCAUGUUCCUUGAAAUUUUCCAUAUUUCAUCACAUUACAACCACAAAUAUGGAAAUACAGUGGAGAGAAGUAUAUAUUACACUGUUGAUUUUUCCUGGUGUAUGCAAAGUAAUACACACUUUUCAGUUUAUUUGCAAAAAAAUCAUUCAAUCAUGUAUAUUUUUAAGCCUCCCUAGUAGAGUUUAUUCUGGGAUCCUGAAAAAGAUGGUCCAUAAGGCCCUGGAGAAUGCAUAGGAGUUCAUCCAAACAAUCUACAUGUGUUUUAUGUACUCGCAGAAGGCUUUUGACAGUCUCCCUCUGGGAACCUUGCAGGGGGGGGGAGGGUGGCGGGUUCUCUGGGAGUAUGGUGUCCAAGGCCUUUUGAUAUGGGCUGUAAGGUUUCUGUGUGAUUGGUGCUAGAGUCCAGUCUGCAUUGCUAGCAGUAAGUUGGACUCUUUUCUGCUGAGAGUUGGACUCCGCCAAGGAAACGAGCCCGACUCUGCUGGCAAUGCACACCAGACUCUAACAUCGGUCAUAAAGGGACCUAACAGCCCCUAUCACAGGGCCUGAUACCCCAUACUCAUGGAGAACCCCAGCAUGGUUCCCAGAGGGACACAGUCAAAUUCCUUUCCAAGUCCACAAAACACAUGUAGAGAGGUUGGGUGAACUCCCAUGAACCCUCCAGGAUUCUGCUGAGGUUAUAGAGCUGGUCCAGUGUUUUAUGACCAUGGUGAAAAUCACACUGCUCUUCUUGAGUCCUACUUUUGACUAUUUGACAGACCCUCCUCUCCAGGACCCCCAAAUAGACCUUGCCAGGGAGGCAUUACUCCCCACAAAUAUAUUUGUGGUUGUAAUGUGACAAUAUGGAACAGUUCAAGGGGUAUGAUUACUUUGUAAGCACUGUACAUCUUAAUCCCGAAUUCAUGACAGGAAAUUCUUGUUGGAGAAAAUGUUAACAUCUCAUGUCAUUCUUAAUAUCACUUUAUCUAACUGCGGUCUCUUUCAUACAUGCAGCAAUCAGAAAGCAGUGUGGAUUAUCUUUUUUUAUCAUUGUUACAGAGGGUUUGAUAUGUAUUUAAUCAUUGUACACAUUUGUGAAUCAUGGUGUAGCUUGUGGAUUUUGUUGUAGGCAUAAAAAUAUUUUUGUACAGUUUGUGAAUCAUUGAAUCAUACUUAUUUAGCUCCGUAGAAAGGAGAAUUUAUAAUCAGGUUUUGUAUGUAAACAUGAAGGUUUGAGCUUUGAGAAUACGAAAGUGGCUGAUCUUGAAACACUUAUCGGUUCUCUGUAAGAGUAGUUGCUGGAAAUAUUGGACCAGGAAGCAGCAGAUAAAACAAUCAGUUACCACACGUAUAUUCUGUUCAUUUUUAAAUCAAAAUUAAUUCAAAUAGAUCUUCAAUCUGGCCCAGAGCAUUUUCCUUAUUUUUCUAAUCCGGUUACAGUAACUGUUACCCUUCAAAUGAAUCUAAUUUUAUUGCGAAACUCGUUCUUUAUUUUGUAGCAUUCAAUUAAAGCUCUCCUUGUUUUAUCUCUCCCCAAUCAACACUGUAGUUUUUACUGCUGCAGCCCCCUAGUGGUUACUUCACUACAAAGACAAAAGUUCAACUCACUUUUGUCCUAUUUGACUCCCUCCACAUAGUCAGAAUUUGUUCUGUUUUGGUGGAAUUAACCCUUUUUUCUUCCAGUUUGAGUCUGUUUUUGCAGGUUAUUUUGCAGGUUGUUCCACACAGAAGCUAUCCUUGGAGUCUGCCAAGAAGAGAGAGAGGAAACGAGAACUGGAAGUUCAGCCCAUGAAAGUCCAGAACACUCUGGCCUACCUCAUGGACUUGGACCCACACCCAAUGUGGAGAAGAUGGAGUUCUUGUUUCUUUAGAAAAUUUGUGAUGUGUCGCACCACAUUGGAUGCCGAAGAAGUUGGCCAAAGACCUUUGGAGAAGCAAUUCUUUUUUGUCAUUGUUUAUAAUUGUAAAUAGUUUUUCUUGUAUGUAUGUAUGUAUGUAUAUAUUUAAAAUAGUUUUAUUUAUACUAUAGAGAGUGUAAUAUGUCAUGUUAGAUUAUAGUUUCAGUUCCUGUAUGUGUAUAUAGUUAUAGUUCCUGUAUGUGUAUAGUUAUAUAAGUUUUAUAUUUAUAACAAGUGAAACAUCAUGGCAAAGCCAUGAUGUUUCACUUGUGAGAGUAAAUCUGUCGGGCCUCACCUUGACACUCAGGCAACAACCCUGAGUGCCACAUGGCCAGACAGGACACAUGUAAAAUAAAAAACAUAGCAAAAUUUUUUAUUUUAUUUAUAUUCUUUAAAUGUUGUAAUUUUAGUUCAUUGUAAACUUUACCUGCAAAAACCUUGUAGAAAUCUUUAACAUUGUUCAAUAUAUAUUUAAA